AUGGUCCGUCUGUUCAAGCCCAGACGCUUGUUGGUUGGCAUCCAGGGCACCGUUAUCCGCCAUCGGAAGGCAGAAGGCCUGCAAGUAUCGGAUCGAACCUUUGUCCGAAUUAUGGCCCUUGGUCCCUCUUCUGCACCCUUCUACGGCCAGAAUUCGUCGGUACGGAGCUCCUGCGCGCGGUUUCAGACCUCCCUGGCUGUCCACCACGCCGGUCGACCCCCCGCGCCGCACGCCUCCAAGCUUGGAAGAGAUGGAGCACGCGAUCUGUCUCCGGGCUCUUCCCCCGCGCUACCGCCGCCUGCUCCUCCCCCAGCGCCUCCUCAGAGAUACUCGAAUCGCGCCGCCAGUGCCUUAGCCCGCUUCGCCCAGCCUUUCCUGUCUGGCUCGCGACCUCCCAGUCCGCAUACCGCCAGCCGGACUGACUUUGGGGGCCCUCGGUCCACCCGCUCAGCCUCGCUUCCCGGAGAAUCGCAGACGGUCACCCACAGGACGGGGAUCCCCAUCGCUACGCUCGAUAUCUCUCCGCAGCGAACCCACGCGGUCAUCGGUGGCAGGGAGAUUCUCAAGACAGUGCGAGUCUUGCCGGACCAGACGGCGGAAGAGUUCAACCUCCGGAAUGCGAUCAUCGGCUACGCGUCAAGCCAUAGCAGCGGCCCGCAGGCGUCCGCCCGCUUGAAGGACCAGCUCAACGUACGGGAUGUCAAGUGGUCGCAUGGAAUCUACGAGACGGUCAUCGCUACCGCCGUCGCGCACGGUCGCAUCGUUGUCUACGACUUGCACCACCCCGGCCUGGAGCUGGCGCGGUUCCAGGGCCACAACCGCCAGGUCCAUCGGCUGGCCUUCAACCCACAUCGCCCCGGCUGGCUGUUGUCCGGCAGCCAGGAUGCCACCAUCCGCGCCUGGGAUCUGCGGAUGGCCUCUCCCGAGCGGGCAGUCACUACCUGCGGCAGUAAGGAACAGUUCAUGGGCAACAGCGACGCCAUCCGCGACAUCCGGUGGUCACCCAGCGACGGCGUCCUGUUCGCCACCGCUACGGACAGUGGGGCGAUUCAGCUGUGGGAUUUUCGCCGGGCCACCGCCCCUCUCAUGCGUAUCGCUGCUCAUGAUAAGCCCUGCUACUCUGUCGACUGGCAUCCGGACGGCAAGCACCUUCUCAGCGGAGGCACCGACAAGCAGGUCAAGGUGUGGGACUUUUCCGCGUCCGCUGAGCGUCGACAGAAGCCCACGAUUCAACUCCGCACCCCGCAGCCCGUCUUGAAUGUCCGCUGGCGCCCACCGUGGUGGAACGCCUCGGGCUCUGCCGCGGGCGCAGGCGACUGGCAGUCGACCCAGGUUGUCACCUCGUACGACAAGGAGGAUCCCCGCAUUCACCUCUGGGAUCUCCGCCGCCCGCACAUUCCCUUCCGCGAGUUUGACCGGUACGAUACCUCCCCGAACGACCUGCUCUGGCACUCCAAGGAUCUGCUCUGGACAGUGGGCGACACGGGCGCCUUCACGCAGACCGAUAUCCGAUAUGCGCCGCAAGUCAUUAACCAACGGCCCAUGUGCUCGGUCGCAUGGAGUCCCACCGGCGAGGUGCUGUCCUUUGUCGAAAAGCGCCCGAAACGCCGCGUCCUGGGGUUCAGCAGUACGACCGAGUUUAUCGGUCAGCAGAAAGAUGAGUCCAAUACUAGUGCCGAGAAAUCUCUAAGCCAGAGUCCCGCCGACGACAUGUUGGAAGAGGCCCUGCUGACCUCUUCCCUCCGCAAUCGACACCAAAAGCCCACCUCGACACCGGCAGCGACGACAACACCUCCCGCGCUCCGAUCCUCCAAGUCUGUGGGCAACACACCCCCAAGUGCAGAGGAUAUGGUUUCAAUCCUUCCUUUGGAAACAUCCCUGUCCAAGAGCAAAGCCUCGGAACCGUCGCAAAUGGGUGCCAUUGGCAGCAUUUCCGGAGCAACCAUGGACCCAGCGAUCUCCAAGUACCUUGCUCGCCAGUAUUCCCCCUUGAUUGAACCUGCCGACUUCAGGCCCGCCUAUGAAGAUCCCUUGCUCUCCCUGAUCGAGUCUUUUGAUCGCAACGCGGAGCGGACCGAGGAGGCGUCUUUCUUCAAGCUCGCACAGACGUGGAGGAUCGUCCGGUUUGCAGUUCUCCAGGAAUUGCAGCUCAAGGCAAAGGAACGGCCCCGAGCCUCGGAGAAAGGAUCCCACGGUGUGCGCCGGAAGCCUUCGCUCGAAGUGCUCGAGAGGCAUCGAUCCCCGGAAGAUGGGAGGCACAGCAAGAUGAAAAACCGCCUGUUCAAAGGCGUGAUAGAGACCGAGGGACACAAGAGUCACGGUCACGGUCUCUUGCCAGACCCCGAGAGCACCUCCAAUAUGACCACCCCGCUCGCGCAGCCAUUGCCGGACUCGCCAAUUGGCUCACAGAGUAGUCCGCGAUCCCCCACGUCAUCGAACGACGGCCUCUCUAGUCUGCAGCCUCUGCCACCGUCCGUGUUGAGCUCCAACUACGGGACUCUUAUAUCCAAUGAUAUCGCUCUGUCGGAUUUAGAUACCGCUUCGAGUGCGCAAUUGGACCGUCGAGAGUCCGAUAUGAGUGAAGAUAUCUUGCUCCCGCCGGACAUCUCCUCCCCCUUUGAACGAAUCCGCGAGUUUGCUCAUGCUCCUCCGGAAGCACAGCUCGAGGACCAGAGAUCAGCCCCUCGUGCGAUCACCGGUCGGUCCGACUGGCAUAUCCAUGAUUAUCCCGAGUAUAACAAGGGAACGUCGGAGGACGACUAUGAUCAGAAGAUGGAGGAUCGAAAAGCCGCAAUCCGCGAUUACAAGCUCUUCCCCAAGAAGGUCCUGGACCUGGAAUCCCCUGUCGAAACCCGUCAUAAUCCGCUCUCAAGUAUCUACCCUCGCCGCGAAUCUGCGGAGAGUUUCGCCAUGUUUUCCGCCUCCACAGACAGCUCCCAUCCAGCCAAGUCCAUCCCGGCCUCCUUUGCUUCAAGCACACGGCAUCUUGAUGUCGCUGCUGCCGGACAUAUCAAUGCGCAUGGACUUAGCCAUGAUAACAAUAAUUAUAAAACCACCCAUAAUACUAAUGAUAAUAAUAGCAACAGCAUCCAACCGGAAGAGGCAAACGCCAUGACAAGGAACAAGACCACGUCUGACCUGACAGGCUCGCUGAUCUCCAAUCCUGCCGGUGGUAGAGAUGGGUAUCCGAAAGAGAUAUUGGUUGAAGAAGACGAAGAUGAAGAUGAAGCCGAAGCAGAAGGUGACCUCAUUACCAUACAGGAUCAAGUGCACUUACAGCGACCUUCCACCCCGCCCCAGCUCUUGAAGGAAUCGAGUCCGAUCAAUGGAAUUGAUCCUCAUACCACCACCACCCAUGUGGCCCCGGCCGGACCGCAAAAGUCGGCCAUUCCCGUCCUCCCUGGUGUGACCGUAGAUCUCUCGGGGGUCAACCUCCCCAUCACUCCGGACUUGGCUCAGAACAGGCCUUGGAGCAUUGAAGUCAUCCUCCGCGAAGCCAUCCGACACUACCAUAGCAGCACGCCCGUGGACGUGCAGUCCGCUGUCCAUCUGCUACACAAGCUACACAUCCUCUUCCACAACCCGGAGGUCGUGCUUCCGUACCCGGAAAGCGAACUCCUACUCAAGACCUAUAAUGAACAUCUUCUCCGGCAAUCGAUGUACGUCGAGGCUGCCGAGCUGCGGCUUCUCUGUGUCCCCUCGUACCCGGCCGUCUACGAAUACGCACAGGCCGAUUCGGCCAUCAGCGUCUUCUGCUUCACUUGUAAACGACCUUACGAGAACCCGCACCGGGACAACACCCGCUGCCACCGCUGUGAGGUGCCCCAGGAGCCCUGUUCGAUCUGUCUAAGCAUCGACCCCCCGGAAGAAUGGGUGGCAGCAACGACCGCUGCGACCGCUGCUAGUUCCACCGCUGCAGAUAGUAGGAAUGAGCUCACAGACACCCUAGAGUCCAAUAGUGAUGGGACCUCCUGUCUCUCGUCUCCGUUCACCGUGCAGACGGAAGCUAUCACGUCAUCCGAAUUUCAUCGCCUCGGUCUCGAAGAUGACAACAAUAACAACAACGACGACGAUUCCUUCAGCGCCCCGCGCACCCGAGGCUCCAGUCUCUGGACGUGGUGCCAGGGCUGCGGCCACGGCGGCCACCUCGCCUGCAUGCGAACAUGGUUGCACGACAUCGCGAUGAGCGAUGGCGGCUGCGCGACGCCCGGAUGCCUACACGACUGCGGGCCAGGUCCGCGCCGGGACGAACACCGCGCUACCCAGCGUGAGGAGUCGCGACGGCGCGACUCGGCGAGCCGCCGCGCAGGACGGGACUUUGUCAAACGCGACCCCUGGAGUAAAGGCGAGAGCAAGGCUGUCGAAAAGGUCCGCGGCAUGCUUGGCGUCGUCGCCGCCGCUGCUCCUCCUUCGGCCUCAAGCGGUGCUUCCUCCACCGCUGUAACCACCACCACCACCACGACAACCACACCCGCCAGCACGGCCAAUACCAUGACUACUAUUCCCACGACUGCUACCACUACUUCUACCACUACUUCUACCACUACUUCCACUCCUGCUGCUUCCACUCCUGCCGCUUCUACUUCUAAUGCUUCUACUUCUCAUGCUGCUGCUGCUGCAUCUACUAGCGCUACUAAUACUACUAAUAAGGGAGCGGUGCCGUCGGGAAUGAUGUCGCCCAAGAAAGUGAGGCUGGUCACGCCGAGUGAGCAGAGUAAGAGGCGCAGCAGUACCGCUCGUUAA